AUAUAUUGUCUCACCACCACCAACAGCAAAACUAUUACGAUUUUCAAUUGUUCUGUAUUCAUCUCUUCACUUUUAGAUUGGGAAAAAAGAAACAGUAGAAAAAUAAUUAUGGCUGUUGUCACAUUCACUGAUGAGUUCACUAGCUCUGUCCCUGCCAAAAAACUAUUCACAGCCUUGAUACUUGAUGCUGACAAUCUGAUUCCCAAGCUGAUGCCUCAGGCUUUUAAGAGCAUCGAAACCAUCCAGGGCAAUGGAGGUCCUGGGAGCAUCAAGAAAAUGACCUUUGCUGAAGGUGCUGGGCCUGGAUUGACGCAUGUGAAGCAUAGGAUUGAUGCAUUAGACGAAGAGAAAAUGACAUACAGCUACACGUUGAUUGAGGGUGAUGUGUUGAUGGAUAAAAUUGAAUCCAUAGCUUAUGAGAUUAAGUUUGAGGCCACACCUGAUGGAGGCUGUAAGGGGAUCAGUGUUAGCAAAUUCCAUCCAAAGGCAGGUGUUGAGAUCGAGGAAGAGCAAGUUCAGGAAGGCAAGCAAAAGGCUAUGGCUGUUUUCAAGGUUGUGGAAGCCUACCUCAUUGCUAAUCCUCAGGCUUAUGCUUAAUCACUACACUAGACUACCUUACUUACACACUGUUAGGCCUGCUACUUCAUUAUCUAGCUUCUGUAUUUGCCCAUCUGUGGCCUCGUAGUCAAUAAAAUUAAUAAAGUUUCUAUCUCUUUUCCA